CAUCCCAUGACUUGACUAACUUUCAGUUCGCACGCUAUACAUUAGUAAACAUAUAAUGCAGCAGUCGACCUUAUACAGUCUAGUCUCAGUUUAUCAGCAGUAGGAAUAAUGUUCGCCUUUAACGCGCUCGUGUGCGCGAGUGCUGCGCUGUACAGCGCCGGUGCGUUUGUGUUGCAGAACAGACACGAGGUCAACAACAGACCGAUCAUCGGUAUUUUGACUCAAGAGGUUACUGAUGACAAUCUGAAAAAGUUUGGAAACACAUACAUCCCUACAUCUUAUGUGACAUACAUUGAAUCCGGGGGUGCUAGAGUUGUGCCAAUAAAGCUAAAUCAGAGUUUUGCAGAGCAUGAGAAGAUCUUCAGGUCAAUAAAUGGUCUUCUUCUCAUAGGGGGAUCAGUGAACCUGGAGACAUCUGACUUUGCUCACAUUGCUGGAUUUUACUUUAGACUUGCUAUCAAAGCAAAUGACAAAGGGGACUACUUUCCUAUAUGGGGAACAUGCCUGGGGUUACAGCUGCUCACUGUGCUGGUGGCUGGAGAAAACCUUUUGAGCAGAACUGUCGCAGAGAAUGUCACAUAUCCACUUAACUUCACUACAGAGGCUCAAUCCAGUCGCAUAUUUAAGGACUUUCCACCUAACCUUCUUAAAGCAUUAUCUCAGGAGCCGCUCACUGCAAAUUUCCACCAUUUUGGAGUCACCAAAGAGGCAUUCAUGGGUAACGAGAAAUUAAAUGUCUUCUUUUCCAUUCUGUCCACAAACGUGGCAGAAAAUGGACCCGUCUUUGUUUCUACAAUAGAAGGCAGAAAAUAUCCUGUUUAUGGUGUACAGUGGCACCCAGAAGUAAACCGCUUCCAGUGGGAUCCUCAUUACAACUUCCCACAUUCAAGCAAUGCUGUGGGUGUGUCAUCUCUACUGGCUGAGUUCUUCGUAAAUGAGGGGAGAAGAAGCCUUCAUCACUUCAGUGACACAGCAGAAGAGAACAGAGCCCUUAUAUACAACUACAACCCUGUUUAUGUGGGAAAUGUCUCUGCAUAUGAACAGUCUUAUUUCUUUUGAGACCUAACACAAUUCAAGAUACUUAGAACGAAAAACAAAUAAAAACAUUUUAGAUUUAAAAUAUUCAAACAGUUUAUUUGUGUAAUAAUUUGAGUUACAAGAGAUGGACACAUUUUUUAUGCUGACUUUCUAUUUAGUGCAAGACUCAUUGGUGUGGUUAAGAUGUUUACUUUAUUCUUUCAAGAGGGCAAGUGUUAGUAGAUAAAUAUGUGCUUAUUAAAGGCAUAGUCCACCCAAAAAUGAAAAUCUGUCUUUAUUUACUCACCCUCAAGUUGUUCCAAACUUGUAUACAUUUCUUUGUUCGGUUGAACUCAAAGUAAGAUCUUUUGAAGAAUGUUAGAGACUGAAAUUUCUGGGGUAGUCAAUAAAUGGUAGUCGAAGGUGCCCCAGAACUGUUUGUUUUCCUAAAUUCUUCAAAAUAUAUUUUCUGUUUAAAGGAACAAAAUAAAUAAAAAUUAUAGCCUACUAUGGUAGUCAAUGAUUCCCUGGAAAUCGCAGUUGCUAACAUUCAUCCAAAUAUGUUUCUUUGUGUUCAACAGAACAUAACACAACAAAUACAUUUGAGGACGAGUAAUUCAUGACAGAAUUUUCAUUUUUGGGUGGACUAUCCCUUUAAAACGGACAAAUUUCCACAUUAUGAAACAUACGCGUGUACCAGAAGAGGGCAGUAUUUGCCGUAACAGGGCACAAAGUAGUCAAAAUGAUAACAUUUGAUAAUAUAUAUAUAUACUGUAUAUAUAUAUAUAUAUUUUUUUUUUUAAUGAUUAAUAUGUUAUAUAAUUGACAUUUAGAACCUUUGUUUGCGUAUUUGUAAAUGUACAACCUGAAAGGUACAUUUAAUAUAGGGUGAUAAAUUUCCUUUAAUGAAUCUGAUUAUAAAGCUGUAAAAAAUAAAACGUUAAAUUAUAUGGCUUUUGUUUUUGGUUGUUAGGAGAUGUGAGAGUUGCCUUGGUCACACUACACAAUGUAUU